GGACACUGAGGAUGAGGCGCUGAGGGGGAUCUCGGGAGUUGUAGUUCCCUGGCGCCGCGCGGCAUCCCGGGAGUUGUAGUUCUCUGCGGCAGGACGUGACGGGACGCGGAGCAGCACCAUGCCCUGUCCCCGCGGGAGCCGCCCCUGCCCCCCGUGAUGAUCCUGCAGGUGAGGCUGUUGGCCAGGGGCAGGAUGCUGCCCCAGCCCUGGCGCCUGUUCUCCCGCGCCGCCGAGGACGGGGCUCUCCGGAGGAUCCGGAAGGUGCUGUGCGUGGCCGAGAAGAACGACGCUGCCCGAGGGAUCGCCGAUCUGCUCUCCAACAGCAGGAUGCGGCGGAGAGAAGGGUUUUCCAAGUUCAACAAGAUCUACGAAUACGAUUACCAGAUGUUUGGCCAGAACGUUACCAUGGUGAUGACAUCCGUGUCAGGACACUUACUGACUCAUGAUUUCAGGAUGCCGUUUCGCAAAUGGCAUAGCUGCAACCCUUUAGCUCUUUUUGAUGCUGAAGUUGAGAAGUAUUGCCCUGAAAAUUACCUGGAUAUCAAGAAAACCCUUGAACGAGAAAUCCAGCAGUGCCAAGCCCUGGUGAUCUGGACUGACUGCGAUCGGGAAGGGGAGAACAUCGGCUUCGAGAUCAUCCACGUGUGCAAAGCUGUAAAGCCAAACCUCCAGGUUUUCCGAGCCCGUUUCUCGGAGAUCACCCCUCAUGCCGUCAGAUCAGCCUGCGAGAACCUCACCCAGCCGGACCAAAGAACCAGCGACGCCGUUGACGUCAGGCAGGAGCUGGACCUCAGGAUAGGUGCUGCCUUCACCAGAUUCCAGACGCUGAGGCUGCAGAAGAUCUUCCCUGAUAUUUUAGCAGAUCAGCUGAUCAGCUAUGGUAGCUGCCAGUUCCCAACGCUGGGAUUUGUAGUUGAACGCUUUAAAGCCAUUCAAGCCUUUGUUCCUGAAACCUUCUACAAAAUUAAAGUGACCCACAACCACGAAGAUGGCAGUGUGGUCUUCAACUGGAAGAGGAACCGGCUCUUCAACCACACGGCAUGCCUGGUCCUUUACCAAAUGUGUAUGGAGGAUCCGGUGGCGACUGUUGUUGAGGUUGUGAGCAAGCCAAAGAGCAAAUGGAGGCCCCUGCCCCUGGACACUGUGGAACUCGAGAAGUUGGCUUCCCGCAAACUGAAAAUAAAUGCAAAGGAAACCAUGACAAUAGCAGAAAAACUCUACACUAAAGGGUUCAUUAGCUACCCCCGAACUGAGACCAACAUUUUCCCCAAGGAGCUGAACCUCUCUGCCUUGGUACAACAGCAAACAGAGGACCCAAACUGGGGAGCAUUUGCACAGAGAAUUUUGGAUCAGGGUGGGCCAACCCCUCGGAGUGGAACCAAAUCCGAUCAGGCUCAUCCUCCCAUUCACCCCACCAAAUACACCGCUAACCUGCAGGGCAAUGAGCAGAGACUCUACGAGUUCAUCGUGCGCCAUUUCUUGGCUUGCUGCUCUCAAGAUGCCAAGGGGCAGGAAACAACUGUGGAGAUCGACAUUGCCAACGAGCGAUUCAUUGCUCAAGGGCUAAUGAUCCUGGCCCGAAAUUACCUGGAAGUCUAUCCUUACGACAAGUGGAGUGAUAAGGUUAUCCCAGUGUAUCAGAAAGGGUCUCGCUUUCAGCCCACCACGGUGGAGAUGGUGGAUGGGGAAACCAGCCCUCCAUUGCUCCUCACAGAAGCGGAUCUCAUUGCUCUCAUGGAGAAACAUGGCAUUGGGACCGACGCCACUCACGCCGAGCACAUCGAGACGAUCAAGACGCGGAUGUACGUGGGCCUUACAGCAGAUCAGCGGUUCCUGCCCGGCCACCUGGGCAUGGGGCUGGUGGAAGGCUAUGAUUCCAUGGGCUACGAAAUGUCCAAGCCUGACCUUCGGGCUGAGCUGGAGGCUGAUCUAAAACUGAUCUGUGAGGGGAAGAAAGACAAAUCUGUAGUGUUGCAGCAGCAGGUCCAAAAGUACAAGGAAGUCUUCAUUGAAGCUGUGGCCAGAGCCAACAAGUUGGAUGAGGCCCUGGCUCAGUAUUUUGGAGAAGCUGCAGAGAUUCCAGAGCAGGAUGAGGUGUACCCAGCAAUGCCCGUUUCCGUUCGGAAGUGUCCACAGUGCAACAAUGACAUGGUCCUGAAGACCAGGAAGAACGGCGGGUUCUACCUGAGCUGCAUGGGCUAUCCAACCUGUAAGACUGCAGUCUGGUUCCCUGAUUUUGUGCUGGAUGUGACCAGGGAUGAGAGCAUCUGUGAUGUGUGUACACCCCAUCCGGUUCACAGGCUGAAGUUUAAAUUCAAGAGAGGCAGCGUUCCGCCCGUGAUGCCCCUGGAGUUCGUUGGCUGCAUUGGGGGCUGUGAUGAGAUGCUGAAGGAGCUCUUGGACCUCAAGUACUUACACAGACCAUCCCAACCCGCGUCGUCAGCCGCCCAACCAGCGCAGCACCUGCAGGUCAACCACUCCUUGAACAGAGCCAACAGUGAGAACAGGCAGGGGAGGGGGACCACAAACCCGGCACGGACACACCUGCUCUCCGUGAUCUCCAACAGAACAUCCAGGGAUGCUCCUCCGGCCGCUGCGGAGGACGGGAGCAACGCCGUGGUGUGCAACUGCGGGACCGAGGCGCUGCUGCUCACCGUGCGCAAGGACGGGCCCAACCGCGGCCGGCAGUUCUACAAGUGCAGCUCCAGCUCCUGCAACUUCUUCCUCUGGGCCGACGAGCAGACAAAGGACAGAGGCACCGCGGCUCCACGGGGCUCUGUGCUCCCCCAGCCCGCAGCAGGGAGGGGCCCGGGAGGAAGGAGAGGCCCGGAGCCGUUUGGCAGCUCCGAGGCUGGCGGUGGCACGGUGUGCAGGUGUGACCAGCCGGCCGUGACACGCACCGUGCAGAAGGACGGGCCCAACAAGGGCAGGCAGUUCCACACCUGCCCCAAGCCCCGGGAACAGCAGUGCGGCUUCUUCCAGUGGGCAGAUGAGAACGUGGCACCAGGUCCUUCUGGAGAUGUCUCUUUGAACAACUUUGGCAGCAGUGAAUACUCAAGAGGGUUGGGAAGCAAAGCCAAGAGACCAGGCAGUUUUUCCUCAGGAUCCACUGCCAAGAAACCACGGACCUGUAGCAUUUGCCACCAGCCUGGGCACAAUAGGAAAAACUGUCCUCAGAACCACUGAGCUGGGAUGGACCCCUGAGAGCUUGAAAGGACCAGGGUUGUGAGCUCCUACAGGAGCAACUACUGCCACAGGGAACUGGAGUCUGGAAACAAGUCCCUUGAGUGUUUUUUGGAAGAGCUGGUUGCAGGCUGCUCCUGCCAAGGGAUGCCAUCCAUUACAGCAAGGGUUCCACCAGCUUGGAAAAGUAGUUCUACUACCAGUGUCAGCUUUUGUUUUCAGCUGCUCUUCUGCUGAGCAGAUUGGGAUAGUCUAAACAUUUCAAGGAAGCACUUGGAUGCUGAUUCUGCAGAGAGGACUGUGCUGAAUCAUCCCCCCUGCACCAUCCCGGUGGUUGUACCAGCAUUUCCACAAGGAAGAGCUGGACUGGGGCCAUGAGGACAGACACCAGGGCUGCUGAGCUCUGCUCAGUCCCUGGCUUUCCACAGUGUGGAAUUUAAGUUCCCCUCUAAGUUGAUGUUACCAGAGCACCAUUCCCCUUUUUUGUCACCCUUACCUGGGGCUGCCCCUGCCAGUGAAGGAGGGCCAGGUGCUUGUCCUGAGGGAAGCUCAGCUGCAGUGCUCAGGAAAAGCCUUCAUUUUAGAUGUUCACUGAAUUUGAAACGGAGUUCUUCCUCAAACUUUGAGACAUGCUUUUGUGAUGCUGCUAGCUGAUGAAAACUAUUUUUGUCAAACAAGUUUCUUAUUAAAAUACUAUUUAAUUUUUAAAUUUGAUGUGGUGACACCUUAACUCGGCCUUGUUAUUUCUUCCUUCUUAAAACAGUGAAGCUUUUACUGCAAAAGCAUCCACCCAAAUCUUGCUCUUUCCACUCACUGGAACAAUACAGGAGCUUUCUUGGCAGACACUCCCUGCAGUAAUUUAGAAGUGAACUGCAGAGGGGUAGGAAAAGUGGUUUUAUCUCACCAGCUGCAUCUGCUGCUGUGCUGCUGCCCCAGGACAGGCAGAGCUGGCUGAGCUGAAGGGAGGCUCUGUUUUCCUGCUCGGAGUUCAGGCUGAACUCCCUGGGAAGCCAGGAUGUCUCUUCCCUCGCUGUAGGGGCUUCCUCUGCACAUCAAAGGAAGGAGAUCUGCAGGAUUCCUGUGUGCUCUGCUGCUCAGGAUCCUGCUCAGGACCUGGGCACACAGCAGUUCCCAGGGUCAAUCCUUUGGGAACUGGCAGCACAUGGGGUGGGCAGGAGGCUGGAGCACCUGGAGGGCAGCAGAGACCACACCAGCACAGGUUCACUUGAAGGUCUGCAUGAGACAAGAGAGCCUUAAACCCUGCAGCAGCUCAUUGCUACCAGGCCUAAAUCCAUGGAGUUACUCAGGAGAACUUAGGAUGCAUUUCCCUGAACCCCUCACUCCCACCACUAACAGCUGUGCCCUAAAAAUACAGACCCGUGGGCUAAAAUAACAGGAUUACGAAGCUUUGGAAUGUGAUAAAGCACAGCAGCAACCACCUUGGAAUGGCAACAGCAGUGGGAAGCACAUGUGCAGGACCCAGAGAGCAGGUUAAACCUCGCUGGUGGCAUCAGCCAGGACCAGCUUUACUGGUCUAACCCUGGCCAAUGCUCAGCCGAGCCCUGGGAAAGUGGUACUAGCUCAGCAUCCAGACAGCUCACACACUGCAGCCAGGCACUCUGGGGGUCCAGGGGUUUGGAAGAGAAGGAGGAAAACCUUGCAGGAGGGGAUUUGACCACCACCAAAUUCUCCACACAGCAAGGGGAUGCCCUGGGUGGUUCCUGGGAAGGUCACCACAGCCAAGGAAUCACUUCAGCCCUUACCACGGGAAAGGAGACAAACCAGAGCUGACACCAGUGUGCACAGGGAAGGUUUAUUCUCAUCACUAACACCUGGGAAGUGGUUUGGAGGAACAAAGUAAUCGUCAGACAGGGAGGAAAAGCAGGUUUUUUUCCUCCCAUAAACAAGAUGAUAGUUAUAAAGAAAAUUAAACCACAACAGCCGCUCACGCUGAAGUCCACAGGAUUUCUCCAGCUCCACCCUUGUGCAAAGCCAGCUCCUCCCAUUAAAUAUAAGAAUAAAUUCCUUUGCCCUGGGACUAGAGCCAGACCAAACCCUACUAGCAGCCACUCAAAAAGAAAACCAAAAAACCCCAACAAAAUACCCAAACAAAACACCCAAACAAAACAUAUUUUCUUAAUAAAAAGCAUAAACCACUUCAGUUCUUGCAAGCACUCUGCUUACAGCAUCAUUCCUGCCCUGCUUCCCCACCCCAUAUUGUGG